AAAAAAUUGAAAAACAUGAGUACCCUAAGCACAAUUUUCAUGCUGACCGUGGUCUUGGCUUUGGCUGCUAUAAACUCAGCAACAUCAGAUGAAGAGGAGGAGCCCUUCUUUGAAGACCCAGAUAACAGCAGUAGUGUUAAAGCUGAAAAUACUGAGCCUACAGAGAGUAAGAAACAGAUGUCGCUUCGGGGGGCUAGCCGGUUUCUGGAGCAGCGAGCCAGGCUGACAUGCGACAAGUACCCUAAAGCAUGCGAGUCCAAGGGAAGCAGCACUCGAGAUAACCUCUGCUGCAACAAGAAGUGUGUGAAUGUGAAGGUGGAAAAGCUUAACUGUGGGGCGUGUGGGAAGAGGUGUAAGUUCUCUGAGAUUUGCUGCAAUGGGCGGUGCGUCAACCCGUCUGCCAACAAGAACCAUUGCGGGGGCUGCGGGAAUAGCUGCCAGGAAGGGGAUUUUUGUGCGUUUGGGAUGUGCAGCUACAGCUACGCGUAGAGACUCAAAGAAAGCCGAGCUAUGCUUGGAAAAAUUUUGUAUUUGCGGAAUCUGUAACUGUGUAGAG